AUGGAUGUACUUAAACGAAAACUAGUUUUCAAUGAAACAUUAAAUGAAUCAAAUCAAUCAAUAACUUCUAUUGAAAAUUUAUCAAAUGAAAUCUUUUAUGAAAUAUUUGAUUAUUUCGAUGGUGGUGAAAUAGUUAAAAAAUUUUCUAAACUAAAUUCUCGUUUUGAACAACUCCUUCAUUCUUCAUUAAUUUUAAUUAAAACACAAUUUUAUUUGUUUUAUUAUGAAGAAAUAAUGAAUAAAGAUCAUGAAUUAGAAAUAUUUUCAAAUAAAUUAUGCUCUAAUUUAAAAAUUUUAUUUAUUAAUUGUUCACAAAAUCUCAUUUUUCUUGAUGCUCAUCGAUGGGAACAAUUGAUUUUACAUUAUUAUCCUCAAUUAGAAAAAUUCUAUUUAACCUAUAAUGAUGGUAUUAAUAAUAAUAAUCAAUAUCCAAUAUGUACUGGACCAGUAAAUCAAUUUUCUUCAUCAUUUUGGAUUCAACGAAAAUGGAUAUUUCAUGUGAAAAUUGAUAAUACAGAUAUCAAAUAUAUGAUUUAUCCAUACAAAAAAACAUGGUACAAUUAUAUAGAUGAUAACAAUAUUGAAUAUUCAACAUCAACAAGUUUAAUAUUCACUAAUUUUCGUACCUGGUCAUAUGAUGAAAUGAUAUUUGAACAAAUAAAACAUGUAUUAACUAUAACACAAAUUUAUCAUUUAAGUAUUAUUGAAGAACAUUCAAUACAUCUAGCAAUUCAAUUAAUGAAUUUAUUACCUGAUUUAAUUACAUUAAAAAUUCAUUCCAUACCAUCAGAUGAAACAACAACAUUUACUUUUGAAGAAUUUUGUACUGUUGCUGCAUUUAAAAGCUACAGUAAAAUUGCUAAAGUUUACAUUGAAGAAAUAAAUGAUACUAAUGAUUUGGAUUAUAUUUCACUUCUUUGUCCUCAUAUGAAAUUUUUGCAAGUGAAACGAUUCAAUAUAAAUAUUCAAUUCUGUUUACGUACAUUUUUGAAGGUCAUAUAUAAUAAUAAUGAUAUUUGCUCUAUUCGUUCAUUAUGUUUCGAUGUUUCAACAAUGGAUGAUGAAAUCAUUCAAAAUUUCGAUAUAAUGAUUCGUUCAGAAAAAUUAUUAUUCAAUUAUACAAUCAAACAUGUGUAUAAUAAGAUAUAUUUACAAUGGAAAUAA